UACAGUAUGGGUAUGAGUGCAUGUGGACUUCUCGUGCUGCUGCCAGGUCUCUGGGCGAGUACCCUAAAUACGAGAUAGCCUGUAUGUUCUUGUCUAUUUACCUCACGUUCUCCCUAGCUGAGCUCCUUGGUCUGAGUGGAAUCAUGACGAUAUUCUUCUUUGGAUUA